UGUACCCAGAAAGCACCACUGGAGACCAAAGAGGAAAGACAUGGUAUCCAAAUCUGGUAUAACCACCAUUUUUACAAUGUCAUUAAGACUCUGGCCCAAACCUUGAGUGCCGCAUAUUCCUCCAGAUCCAGGAGAAGAAGGAAAGAGAGCAAAGAUAUGUCAGGGGCCCUGAGGCUGCAGCCAUGGCAGUUCCAUGCCUUUCUGAAGAAUGAAUGUCGCAAUCUUUCAUGGAGGAAACUGUACUUGGAUGAAAAUGGACAUGUAGCAGCAGAUCUGAACAUCUUGAGCUUCUUGUUUUUCUCCAAGGAAGAUCCCAUCAAAGAGCAAGUGGGGAGUUUUGAAAGACAGAAUCUUAUUAUCAACCAAGAUGCUGUUUCAAGGCUAAAGUUACUCAACAAGUCUCUGCCUCAGUCCAAAUGUGUGGAAAGUUGUCAACCUGGAUUUGUCAAGCAGUCUCGAGAAGGAGAACCAGUUUGCUGCUAUAACUGUGUUCCUUGUCCGGAGGGGAGCAUCUCCACUCAGGAAGAUAUGGAAGAAUGCACCAUGUGCCCAGAUGUUAAAUUUCCAAACAAGGAUGGUGUGCAAUGUAUCCCCAAAAUAAUAACUUUCCUGUCCUAUGAAGAAACUUUGGGUAUCAUCGCAGUCUCCUUUACCCUGCUACUGUUCCUAAUCACAGGAAUGACCCAACUGCAAAACAGCACCCGGAUGGUUCAACACCUCCUUUGAAGACUUGAACCAGAAAAGAAAAAAAGAAAACAGAUGGAAGUCUCUUGAAAAAGCCACAUGAUCCUCUGGUCCCUAAAUGGGAAUCUUUCAGCAUUGUUGUCAACUCGCAAAACAUUUCUAGCCUGCUCUCGAGUUGCAUGGGAAGCAAGGGGGGAAUUCAUUCCACUCACAGCUUCUUCCAACGUUGGAUUUCAGAUUACCAAAGCCAAUUUGUGAGGCAUGGUUCUACAGCCCGCGGGAGUGCCUCAUUGGAGAAUGUGAUUUAUGACACAGACUGAGAGGAGGGAGAAAACAGGGUCAAAGUUGAGACAUAACUUACGUGCGGCAGAGCAGACCUCACUCGAGUAGAUGCCGACAUGCUGCUCGUAAUAAAUAAUUGGAUUUCUUUUGAAA